GCGGGGCCCCUUCGUGGCCCGGGGCCGGCCGCGCGGAGCGCCACGUGGCCGGAGCCCGCCGGUGCCCCCCGCCGCAAGCGCCUGCGCGCUGCGGUCGCUCGCUGCCUGCCCCGGAGCUGGCGCCGCCCGCAGCCCCCUGCCGGCUCCCUGCCUAUUUUAGUCCAAGCGGCCGCUCGCUGGCAGCGCGGGGCCCCGGGCAAGCAGCCGCGAAGUCCCCGGCGCCUCCGCCCUGGAGCCGGGAAACUUUUCCCGAGGCGCCCGGCAGGGGGCUAAGGGCCAGAUCUUUGCCCUAAUCUUCAAAGUCCUCCAUUGGAUUGGCCCUGUCUAUCCGAGAGAUUACUUCUCACUCUGCAACCAUGACUUCCCAGGGCAGCUAUAUUCAGUUGUAACAAUGAAACUGCCAGUCAACAAAGGGAAGCUCAUGAGAGCAGGAGAUAACUUUCACAGGAGUUGGACCCAGCCUAUGGAACCCAUACCCUCAAAAGAUAAGAGUGACCCCCAGAUCUCACUGUUAAAUAUCAGAUCACGUUAUGGAUCCAACCAAAUUGAAAGGAUACAUGAGUCGGAAAAUUGUCUUGUGCUGUGAUGCAGAAGUGGUUACUUUGGAGAAGGAGCAUUGUUAUGCUAUGCAAGGCAAAACACCUAUUGAUAAACUCUCUAUGCUUGUGUCUGGAAGGAUCAGAGUGACAGUUGAUGGAGAGUUUCUGCAUUAUAUUUUUCCCCUUCAAUUUCUGGAUUCUCCUGAAUGGGAUUCCCUUAGACCUACAGAAGAGGGUGUUUUCCAGGUAACUCUUACAGCAGAGACAGACUGCCGAUAUGUGGCUUGGAGGAGAAAGAAACUGUAUUUGCUGUUUGCUAAACACCGUUUCAUCUCACGUCUGUUUUCAAUUUUAAUUGGGAAUGACAUUGCUGAUAAACUAUAUGCCUUGAAUGACAGAGUGCACGUAGGAAAAGGACUUCGAUACGACAUCCGGUUACCAAACUUCUACCAAGUGGCAGUACCAGGGACACCCAAAGUGCAACCUGCAGAACAACUUGUGAGCAAUUCAAGACAAAAGUUCACUAACUUUGCAAACUGUGACUCUUCUAAAAAAUAACACACACAAAAAAUGCUAAAUUAAAUAGGGAAAUACAAGUUGUUAACAGGAAAAUCAAGCUGAACAAUACCUAGUAAAGCCAAACUUGAUUGAAAGUGCCAUUUACUUUAGUUAAAAUAACUUGCAUCCCUUUUCUCCCUGCUGAGCCAGCUGGUUGGCUUGUACAUUUUGACUAAUUAUGCAUUAUGAUUAAUUUCUUUUGUUGAUCUUAUUACUUUUGGGGGGGGGAAAUGAAUCAUGAGGGGAUGAAGCUUUAUUGUAAUUGUGGUGCCUUCUGUGGGUUUUUUUGUUUGUUGUUUUUUAAGAUAUUUGCAUAGCGCUCUUGAUCAUAUUUAUUCCAACUUACUUGUCAUAAUGAAUUAUGGAAUCCAGCAAGUUAUCUUAUCUUAUUUUGAGUUGCUUGUUACAUUCAUAAUUACAAUAUCUGAACCUGAUCUUUUUUUUUUAAACCAUCAAAAUCUUAGAGAAGAUUACUUUAAAAACAUUUUUUAACUCAGAUUGUCUUGUUUUCUUUUUUAAAAAAGGGAAAUGACAGAAUGUGAAAUGCAUAGUAAGACAACUUUUUUUUUCCCAUUCAGUCCAUGAACAGUUGAUUUCUCUGAGGCUAUAGGAAAGAAGCAUUACAAAAAACAUUAAUGUAAUUGCCGAUGUGGAAAAAAAAGUAAAGCAAUCAAUGUAAUUGCGGCAAAGUAUAUAAUAGAAAAAAGAUUGUGUAGUGCUUUUUAAUAGAAUGUGAUGCUAUAGUAACUAGACUUAAAAGGUGUAAGUACCAAUCAUAAUGCAAAAUAAAUACUGUACAACAAUCCAUCACUAACACAUUUAAGUCCAAAUUUUACAGCAACACUUUUAGCCAGGUUUAUCAUAAAGUGACACAAAUCAGUAAAUACAUGGGGCUACCAACAUAAAACAGCAAAGUAGUGAAGUACUCCUAUUCAGCUUGCAAAGUCACUUUUCUGUGCCUAUAAACUUUUUAAUUUAAAAUACAUCUUCUCCCUAGUAUGUGUGGGUGUCUUUAAUAGUUUAUGAGGAUUCAAGAUCAACAUUUGGUUGGAGAAAGCUAGUUUUAUACCUUUUCCAAUUGAUCUUGAGGUCAUUGUGCCUUUGGGGAAGAGGUGUUUGAAUGUCUUUCCUAACUUGCUUCCUUGCUCUAUGCUUGAUGCAUGCCUGUAAUCAAAAAAGGGAAAAUCAUUACUACUUUGAGACAAUAUUAAUGCUUGAUACAUAUCAAGGUAGAUUGCCUUUUUAAUAUUUAAAAUUUAAAAAUUGCUCUAGGGCUUGGGAGGAAAAGUUAGUGCCUGCCUUUUUGCUUUUUUCUUUUCUUUUUUUUUUUUUAAACUCGAUCUUAUGAGUCAUUGGUGGAGGUUUAAAGCAGUUGCCACAGUGUCUACCUUGAAGGUAAUCUUACUGUGUAAGAGAAAAACUUUUUCAAAAACACAUUCAUCCUGGAGCCUGAGUCAGUGAUUUUUAGUAAGAGUGGCUUUACAGAACAAACCAAAUAAAUCCAUGUAUUUUAACAAAGUUAUUACAAGUGAUGAAAAACAUAUAUAUUGUACAUCACUCAAAUAAAAUACAAAUAAAAUAGCAUUGUACAAUGCAAGAACACAUUCUGCUUUUAGCUUUGUCCAUUUUCUAGUGAGAUAGAUAUGUAGUGGUGCCAUGUGAUAUUGCAGAACUACUCGUGUAUAAUGGGGUAAUCCCAAAUUCAUGAUAAUAAAAACCUCUUUAUUAUGUAUUCCCUAUGUUAUACCACAUGAUGUCACAAUGUCCAUAAAAUGACUUUGUUUCUGUAACCCUGUGGCAAUACCUGCAGCCAUUUAAUUAACUGAAAGAUGCUGAAUUCCUAAAUUAAUUUUGGAGCUGAGGCUGUACAGCAUUUUGCAGGAGGUGGCUUGCACCUCAUAUAAUUACAUUCUCUUAUUGCUCUGUUGACUUCUCACUUGUGUUCUGCCAACUCAUCCAUCUCAGCCACAACUAUCAAAUUUCUUACUCUUCAGAUAAACUUUCAACAUCUUUUUUUUUUUUAAAGUACCCCAAAAUUAUUUUUUCCUCACCAAAUCUGAUGUAGAUAAAAACCCAGGAUUGAAUAUGUCCUUUGCUCUAUAAUUUGUUUUGGACCAAUAAGAGGUUUUACAAUAUUUUAUGAAGCCCAAGGACUAGAAAUGCCAUUAGAAAGCUAGUAUUCUAAUUUUGACAGAUAUUGACAAAGCAUUGAUUUAUUGCUCUGUUAGACCUUAAAAUCAAGACAUCCUGACUUUUUUUUCUUUUUAAAAAAAAAAGCUAAUUUUAAAUAGAGGUUUUA